ACUGCGCUUCCGUUGCCCAUGACACCGGGGCGAAGUUCUGACAGCUGAUUCCCCAAUCAGUUUAAAUCCACUCCGAGUCCCAAAUAAUCACUUUUUAAAGUUAUUUACAGUCCGACGUGUCUCCUAUAACCUCCGGCUGGAGUCACAGACAGCGCCUUGAACCGAGGAGUGCGGAUUAUUAUGGUGUAGCAAGGGGCGCUAGCUCUGAGACAGAAGGCUUUUAGCAGCAUAGUGCAGCGGUGGGCAGACCGAGGCAGAACAUAGCAGCGCAGCCAUGCUUACGUUGGCCAGUAAGCUAAAGAGAGACGAUGGAGGGAAGACGGGCCGUGCCUCCGGGGCCUCCGACUCCACCCACAGGGUCUCCAUCAGGGACCGCCUCCUUACCAAAGAAGUUUCAGAACUUGAAGCCCAUCUCCCUAGUACAUGCAAAGCCAAUUUCCCAGAUGAGGACAAGCUGCAUCAUUUUCAGCUGGCAGUGUCACCUGAUGAGGGCUACUACCAAAGUGGAAGGUUUCAGUUUGAAAUAGACGUCCCAGAAGCCUAUAACAUGGUGCCUCCUAAAGUGAGAUGUCUGACCAGAAUAUGGCAUCCUAACAUCACAGAGAACGGAGAGAUCUGUUUGAGCUUAUUGCGGGAGCACUCUAUCGACGGCACAGGCUGGGCCCCCACUAGAACAUUAAAGGACGUUGUCUGGGGAUUGAACUCCUUGUUUACUGACCUGUUGAACUUUGAUGACCCUUUGAACAUCGAUGCAGCAGAACAUCAUCUGAGAGACAAGGUGAGGCUUUACUGACACAUCC